ACGACCAGACCCCCACCCGCGCACGUCCAUCAACAUCAUUCAUCCCCCGCCGCCCCUCCGCGCUCGCGGAGCUCACCGGCCGGCCGUUGGCGUCCAGAGCAGACACAUCAGAUGGACAACCACACUUCAUCCCCGCCCCAUGAAGUAACAAUGGACAUCUCGUCAGCGUCCGGGAGCAAAAUGUGCAGAGGUGCUUCUUGCGACUUCGCCGACUCCACCAACACCUCCAAAGAUGCAAAGGAGAGGUCCGCGUCCAUGAGGAAGCUCCUGAUCGCCGUGAUCCUCUGCGUUAUAUUCAUGGCGGUCGAAGUGGUUGGAGGCAUCAAGGCAAACAGCCUUGCGAUCUUGACCGAUGCAGCCCAUCUCCUCUCGGACGUCGCCGCCUUCGCCAUAUCUCUCUUCUCCCUGUGGGCAGCUGGUUGGGAAGCGACGCCUCGACAGUCAUACGGAUUUUUCCGUAUAGAGAUUCUUGGGGCACUGGUUUCUAUUCAGCUCAUAUGGCUCCUCGCCGGCAUACUCGUCUACGAAGCUAUCAUGAGGCUCCUCAAUGGAAGCGGGGGCGAGGUGCAGGGAUCCCUCAUGUUCGCCGUAUCAGCUUUUGGUCUGUUUGUCAACAUCAUAAUGGCAGUGCUGCUUGGCCAUGACCAUGGGCAUGGUGGUCAUGGACACAGCCAUGGACAUUCACAUGACCAUGGCCAUGAUCAUGGUAACUCGGAGCACGACCAUGGAGAUCAUGAGCAGGGCCACGCACAUCACCAUGAGCACAGCCAUGGCAGUUCCGUCACCGUCACAACUCAUCAUCACCCUCAUUCAACCACCGGACAACACCAGGAUGAUGCUGAGGAACCGUUGCUCAAGCAUGAUGAUGGUGCCAAGGAAGCCAAGGAGCCUCGCCGUCGUCGUAACAUCAAUGUGCACAGCGCUUACCUGCAUGUGAUCGGGGACUCCAUCCAGAGCAUCGGCGUGAUGAUCGGAGGGGCUCUCAUCUGGUACAAGCCCGAGUGGAAGAUCAUCGACCUCAUAUGCACCCUCAUCUUCUCCCUCAUCGUGCUCUUCACCACCAUCAGGAUGGUUCGGAACUUGCUCGAGGUUCUCAUGGAGAGCACGCCCCGCGAGGUCGACGCCACCAGGCUCGAGGGCGGCCUCCUUCACAUGGAGGGUGUGGUUGCUCUCCACGAGCUGCACAUCUGGGCUAUCACGGUGGGGAAGGUGCUCUUGGCGUGCCAUGUCACCAUCGAGCAGGAUGCGGACGCUGAUCAAAUGCUUGACAACAUCAUUGGGUACAUCAAGGCAGAGUACAACAUCGGUCAUGUCACCAUUCAGAUCGAGCGCGAGUAAUCCUACACUUGAAUUAAUGAGUGUUGGUUUUUUAUUGUGCUUAUUGUGUUACUGGGUGUGGAUUGGCAGAGACAUCAUGGUUCUUGAAAUGCACUGCUGGUGGUUCAAGUU